GUGUUCCGAAGGGAUCGCGCCGUUGAGAACUUAACGGAGGUCACGCUGAGCAGCUAGCUUGGCAAGCGCUCAACCUGCGCUCCACUCACUCGAGUUCACAGUCCAGCCGAACGCAACCACCAUUCACAGCGCCGUGCAUGCCUACGACUCAAGAUCCCGCCUUGCUGAUGGCCGGCGUUCAGUGGAGAGGAGCACGGAACAGGGCGCACCAACCACGAGCAAUUCACGUUUCACGAGUUCUAACGUAGCCCAAGGCAUGCGACUUCGAUGGCCAACUACUUUUCGACGUGCAAUGCGAGGGCAGUCCAUGAGCUUCACCAUGGAGGAGCUACUCUGGUGCCGAGGACACCAACUAAGACGUCAAAGAAAAUGCAUGUUCAAUGGAGAGCCCACUGCGAUGCCCAGCUAAGUCAGUAAGCGUGGAUGAUGCUCUUGGCCGCCUCGAGAGUCUUGAGCUGGUUCGUCAAGGUAUGAUACCGCUCGACAUCGGCGAUGUUGUCCGUGAUAACGCGUUCGAGAACGCCGUCCGUCGUUUCCGACGCUUGGUUGUACACAGCGGACAAGAACGGCUUGACGUAGUUCGAUUCAAGCUCCAUCGGGACGACAUCGAUAAACCGCUUGGAUCGCGAGAUACAACUCUUUCGCGUACUGGUCGUUGGUGGAAUUUGCACCGAUGCCCGUGUGGGUCUUCAGCAUCGCCUUCACAACUCCCAUCGGGACACGGGCGGCGUCGUCGUCGCCCAUAGGUAGAUGAAGCUGCCCCAAGAGUCCCAUGCAAGGACCGGCCAAAACGAGGUGUGUUUCAAAUUACCUUCCCGUCAUGACGUCGAGAGCGUCGAGCAUGGCUGCGUUCGCAUUUGGUACAUCGCCAUCGUCAGCUCGUUGUUCAUCGUGUACGGACGGCUCUCUGUCUCGAGCACCUUGUCGAGCUUAACCAACGUUCAAGUGGCAAGUUGCGCCAGAGUGCCAUUGGCAAGUUGCCGCAAGUGACUCUCCAAAGUGGGUUUCGUCUUGGCGGACCGAAUGACGCGAGUGAUAAAGCCAUUCAAGAGCUUUUGAUAUGCCUCGAACAGCUUGAGCAUGGGGUGCAGCCACUUGGUCACAUACGGCGUGAGCGCAGCCGUCGUUACUGCCGCUGCGGCUGACGUCGGCUACUUGAUCCACCUCCCAAUGGAUGCUGUCCAGCUCACUUCGACGUAGUCGCCGACAGCUACGAUGCGCUUGGAAGUGUCGACUUCGGCCGCAUCCACGACGGAAAUGUUCUCGAUCGCCGCUUGAAACUCCGCCUCGGCCAGUCGUUCGUGUGCACGCAACUUGUUGCUGCCAGCGUCGUCGUCGAAGAACUUGUUGUGCACGGCUGGCGAAUCCAUCGGCUCCCCGAGGACGCGCACCUUGGUCUAGCAAGCCUCGAGUUGGGCGAGGAUCUCGUUCAUGACCGUCGACAGCGCCUUGCACACGGUGUCCAUCAACAGCGCUGUCAACUUGACCGCCAAACGUGUCGUCCCACCCAACGCCGGGUCCACUUGAGACCACACGAGUUGGGCUUGGUGAUGAUAGAGAUCGUGCGCGUGCCGUCGGGGUCAGCGUCGUCGGCCGCUUGGAAAAUGGCUGUGCUAUCGACGCCCGCGGGAACGACGGCCAAGAUGCAUGUUCGAUCUUGCACCAAAUGCCGAUGGACGAACGCGUCCACGCGGUUGAUCAUGGCUCCGUCCUCGUUGUCACCGACAAACCGGACGAGCCCCGGGAAAUCGGUUAAGGUAAGGUCGGGAAAGUCUGGGCCGUGCAACUGGAUCUCGAUCCGGUCGUCGCUGAUCGUCUGUCCUUCGUCAACACGCUGCUGGGUGAGGUGUUCGAUGGCCGCCGUGACCUCUUCAACAGCAUGGAUUGGUGUCGGCGGCGAUGACCGCCGGCUUGAAGCGCAACAAACGCACAGUUCCCGAGACCGUCGUGGCUUGUGUAAGAAUGAGCCGUGUCGGGCAUCGUGUUGUGAGGGUGCCCGCAGACGGAAACGGGAUCCAGGACAACGCCGACAGCACGGACGACAUGCCACUGGACGUGGCGUCGUCCAUGACAGCAAUCUGCGGCAGUUCAAUGUACUUGUCCAACCCCACGGCCCGCAACCGCUGGAUCAAGUGGCGAGUUUCGCGCUGGGUCAACUUGGCAACCAACAUGGCGGCGCUUGACGACGGCAUCGGCAAAUUCGACAAUGAAUCCCUUUGGCGCGCGAACGCGGCUUGGCCGCGCACCGUGCAUGGGCCGCGUGGAAUCAUUCGUGCACAGGUAUGCUCUCGAUGGCCUCGCUACGUACGAAAGCUCGAGGGGGAGAUCUCGUCUGCACACCACAAGUCAGAAGCGAGCGAAUGCACACGCACAUCCUCUUGAAUAAUGCAGCACGGACGACAAUGUGAUAAAGCCGAUCGACUUGUUGGUCUCGGCGCGGUCUCGCACCAGUGCGCAUCACGGUGGAUGGCCAUGCCACGUAUCCCAGGCGAAUGAGAUUAUCCAAGCUUCUUGUGUGGAUUAGAGUCAAGUCCAGGAGACGACGAGUGAAUUGGAGUUCAUUGCGGACUCGCUUAACGCGGCGGCGCGUAACCUUGCAACAUCGAGGAGAGGCUGGUACUGUUCACGGAGGCUUGCGUCGGCAGCAAGAACCGCUUGCAUGGGACCGGGAACAUUCGUGGGUGUCGGCGACGACCCCGAUGAGGAAACGUUUGCGUUGCUCGCGACGAGACUGACGCAAGGGGCGAUGACGGUUGGAGGGCCACCGCCAAAGACGAGAAGGGGAAGUGCGAAAUUAGCUCAACUGUGUUGGCGUCGGUGAGACCCAACGUGGCGAAAGGCGCGGCCGAGGCGGCCUCAUGCUCAAGCCGACAGGCGUACAGAGCGCAUAAGCCAUGGUAGCCAUACCAUCGCCCAACAUAUCCAACGGCACGCACACACGUGCCCAAAACUUGGACGAUGGAAUCGUGGAAUGGAAGCACGAGUCGUUCUCCGUGCAGCAGUGCGCAAAGAUGGGAC